CUCCCGGGUGAGGACUGUUUGAUGGCGUCGCCUAGCAGCGGCCUCCUCCGCCUCCUCCGUUAACGACUAGGGAAACCAAAAAAUAAAUGAACAUUCAAGAUGGCACCCAUUUUAGAAUGGAAGAAACUUAUGAGAGUAGAUCCUGAUGCUUUGCCUCGUCUAGAAGAGCUAGCAGAUAAUUUACUGGAGACAGUGGCCAAGGUUGAUGGAAAUGAACUGAAGGAUGAGAAUCCUGAACGUUUAAUUCAACUUUUUAAAAUUUCUCAGUCGUUAAUGAAGAUGAAAAAUCAGGAAGUAGAACUGGCAUUGGAAGAAGUUGAGAAAGCUGGGGAAGAGCAAGCCAAAUUUGAAAAUAAGUUAAAAACUAAGGUGAUGAAAUUGGAAAAGGAACUAGAGGCAGCACAGAGAACAGCUGGUGGCCGUGAUACUCGCUUUUUGCGUGAUGAGAUCCGUCAACUGGAAAGACAGCUGGAACAAAAAGACAGAGAACUGGCAGAUAUGGAAAAGGAGGUUGAGAAAGAGAAGAAGGUUAAUGAACAGCUUGCUCUUCGAAAUGAGGAUGCAGAAAAUGAAAACAGCAAGUUGAGAAGAGAGAAUGAGCAGCUUCGUCAGGAUGUAAUUGACUAUCAGAGACAAAUUGAUACACAAAAAGAAACAGCUCUUUCACGAAGAGGAGAAGAAUCAGAUUAUAGAUCACAGUUAUCAAAAAAGAACUUUGAGCUUGUCCAGUACCUAGAUGAAAUUCAGGGUUUGACAGAAGCUAAUGAAAAAUUAGAGGCUCAAAACCAGGAAAUGAGGAAGAAUCUAGAAGAAUCAGUGCAAGAAAUGGAAAAAAUGACUGAUGAAUACAAUAAAAUGAAACUUAUUGUGCAGCAAUCUGACAUUGUUAUGGACCAACUAAGAAAGGAAAAGGAACAAUUUAAGCUACAGGUGCAUGAACUAACGGAGCAACUUAAAGCAAAGAAUGAAGAAGAUGAUCCUCUCAUGGCAGCUGUAAAUGAAAAAGUGGAAGAAUGGAAGGGAAUUUUGGCUUCCAAAGAUGAUGAAAUAAUUGAGUAUCAGCAAAUGUUGCUGACUCUGAAAGAGAAGCUGAAAAUGGCCCAGCUUGAUGCUGAUAAGAGCAGUGUUAUGGUACUCCAGCAGGGUGUGCAAGAAAGAGACAGUCAGAUCAAACUGCUCACUGAACAGGUUGAGGAAUAUACAAAAGAGAUGGAAAAGAAUGCAUCUAUUAUUGAGGAUCUGAAAAGAGAACUCCAAAAAGGAAAAGCUCAGCCAUCUUUUACUCAACAAGAUUGCAUUGGGGAAUUGCAAGGGAAGUUACAUAUGCUGGCACAGAAAACUAGAGAAGCUGAAAGGGUAGCAGAACUUGCAGAAGCUGAUGCGAAGGAGAAGGACAAAGACCUUAUUGACACUCUGAAGCGAAUGAAAGAUUAUGAAACGGGAGUAUAUGGUUUGGAAGAUGCUGUUGCUGAAAUAAAAGAUUUGAAAAAGCAAAUUAAAGUACGAGAUCAUGAGAAUGAAACAUUAAUUAAAGAAGUUAACAAACUUGAACUUAAAAUUAAUGAUUUUCUUGAUGAAAAUGAAGAUCUUCGGGAACGGCUAGGUCUUGAUCCAAAGACAAUGAUUGAUUUAACUGAAUUUAAAAACAGCAAAUCACUGAAACAGCAGCAAUACAAGGCUGAAAACCAGAUCCUACUGAAAGAGAUUGAAAGACUAGAAGAAGAAAGAGUUGCCCUGAAACAACAGGUUCGUAAACUGGCUCAGGAGAAAGGAAGAAGAGCUGCAACUUUAGGACUAGAUACAGAUGACCUACAGCUGAUUAAUACCUUUACUGAAGAUUUGAAGAUGAAAAGGGGGAAAUCUGAGUUCAUGAGUACCACUAACUUUGACGAGGUUAAAGCAAAGCUGAGUUCUCAACGUUUUUCACAGAUACAAGUGGAGGAUAAUAGUGAUGGCUCCAAGGCUUUUACAAUAGAUGAGCUUUACAGUUCAUUAGGGCAAGAAUCUGCAGAAAUGCUAGGGACAGCUUUGUGGCCAGUCAACUAUAAGGAAUCAAGCGAAUUAGAAAUAGGCAGUCCAGUUUCAUUUUCUGCUAUGCAAAGAAAAAGGGCUAGUAAAAGGCAACAAAGGCAAGAAAGGCAGAUGAAGAGAAGUGAAGCCCACAUGCCAGCAAACUCUGUUAGGACACUAUCCCUAGAUUUCCAGGAGGGGUUGCCUCUUAUGCUGCUUGGAAAGCCAGUGUCAUCCUAUGUAGUGCAGGAGGUCCUGUUGAAAGAUGAAAAAGACAAUUCUGAGAUAAAAUUGAUGGAUUUGAGAACUGAUUUGCAAGACAUGGGGAAAGACCAAAUAUACUUUCCAGAAUCAUGGCCUGUAGAACAUUUGGAAGGAAGACUUGAUUGUGGCCAGCCAGGGAAUGCAUAUCAGAUAGAGCGAGUUGAGAGUCUCAUAAGGCAGCUGAAGAAUGAAUUAAUAUUCCUUAGGUCAGAGAAUGAGCAGAUAUUGAGAGACUUGUUCGCCAAGAAUACACUGAAUAAAAAUGCAGAGCUAGAGCUUGACAGAUGCAGGAGCCAGAAAUUUGAGAAUGACUACCUUGUCAAAGAAUUAAAUGAACGAGAGAGAGACUUGGAACAAAACAGAUCUGUAAUAGCAAAGUUUCAAUCCAAAUUCAAAGAAUUAGUACAAGAAAAUAAGCACCUUGAACAAGGCAUGAAAGAAAUUCUACAAGCAAUAAAGGAUAUGCAGAAAGAUCCAGCUGUGAAAGGUGGAGAAACUGCUCUAAUGAUUCCUAGUCUGGAACGAUUAGUAAAUGCAAUUGAAUUAAAGAGUGCAGAAGGAACCUUUGAUGCCAGCUUGCAUUUGAAGGCUCAAGUUGACCAACUUACAGGACGAAAUGAAGAAUUAAGGAAGGAACUGAGAGAAGCUCGGAAGGAGGCUGUGAACUUUUCUAAUCAGCUGGCCAAAGCAAAUGCAAAGAUUGCCAGUCUUGAAAAUGAGAUUCAUUUGCUGCGACAAUCAGAAGGUGCCAAUAUAGUAUUCAAAGCAGUAAAUCUUCCAGAAGGGAUGGCUCCUUCUAGUGUGAACACAAUCAACUCACAGAAUGAAUAUUUAAUGCACCUUCUGCAGGAACUGGAAAAUAAAGAGCAGCUAUUCAAGAAAUUAGAAAAAGCGGUAGAAGAAUAUAAAAGAAAAUUUGCAGUUAUCCGCCACCAGCAAGGUUUGCUAUACAAAGAACAUCAAAGUGAAAGGGAACACUGGCAAACUGCUGGUGAAAAAAUACAAGAAGAAAAGAGAAAGUUGGAAUUUCAAAAGGAGCAAGAUGAUAUAAAAAUAAAGGAAUAUUCUAGUUUAUUAGAUGCGCUUCAAAAGGACAGUGAUGAUUCUAAACGGCUAUUUGCAGACUAUAGUAGAAAAAUAACUGUUCUGCGAGUAAAUGAAAGAUCAAUGACAAGACAGUACACAACUUUACUUGAAAUGGAGAGGCAUCUUCGAAAGGAGAACGAGAAAAUGAAGGCCGAAUUAAUGUCUAUGGAGGCUGCAGUUGGAGAAAAGAUUGGAUGUCUGCAAAGGUUCAAGGAAAUGGCAACCUUCAAGAUAGCAGCAUUGCAAAAAGUGUUGGAUGACAGUGUACCUCUAAAUGAUCUAGAAAUGGCAAAUAAACAAUAUAAUGAAUUAACUGCUAAAUACAGGGAUAUGCUACAAAAAGAUAAUUUGCUUGUUCAAAGAACAACUAAUCUGGAGCACUUGGAGCAUGAGAAUGCAUCCCUGAAACAGCAGAUCGAGUCUUUAAUCAAGGAACUGGAAAUUACAAAAGAGAAGCUUCAUACAGUUGAACAAGCUUGGGAGCAAACAACAAAACUGGGAGACAGUGCUUCAGACAAGGCCUCAAAAGCUAUAACCAACAGUGAAAUUGUUUCAAUUUCUAAGAAAAUUACUAUGCUGGAAAUGAAAGAACUAAAUGAACGGCAGAGGGCAGAGCACUCUCAGCAAAUGUACGAACAACUGCGAAACACAUUAAAGCAAGCGGAAGAAAGGAAUUUUGAACUAGAAUCCAAGUUUGCUGAGCUUACGAAGAUCAACCUUGAAGCACAGAAAGUGGAACAAUUCUUGCGGGAUGAACUGUCGAGCAGCGUGAGCAGAGCAGUAAGUGAGGCAGACAGGCGUCGAAUUAUGGAUCUGGAGAAAUGUGAAACGGAACUGAAGGUCGAAGUAUCCAAGUUAAGAGAGCUUUCUGAUAUUGCCAAGAUGCAAGUUGCUGCUUUGGAAAAUCGGCAGCAAUCCAGAGAGAAAGAAGUGGAAUCACUUCGAAUGCAAAUUUUGGACUAUCAGGCACAAUCAGACGAAAAAGCACUCAUUGCAAAAUUACAUCAGCAUAUUGUGGCCCUUCAGAUCAGUGAGGCUACUGCUGUGGCCAAGCUAGAGGCUGCUACCUCAAAACUUCAGAAGAUGGAGGUUACUAAUAUGCGUCUAGAGCAAAAAUUGGAUGACAAGGAGCAAGCGUUAUAUUACGCACGACUGGAGGGAAGAAACAGAGCCAAACAUCUACGCCAGACUGUUCAGUCACUGCGGAGGCAAUUCAGUGGUGCUUUGCCCCUGGCUCAACAGGAAAAGUUCUCCAAGACUAUGAUUCAGCUUCAGAACGACAAACUUAAAACUAUGGAUGAAGUCCAGCAUGCUCAACAAGAGCGCCGGAAUGCGGAGAACAGAGCACUGGAGUUGGAGAUGAAAUUAAAAGGCUUAGAAGAGCUAAUCGCCACAUUAAAGGAUACAAGGGGAGCACAAAAGGUGAUUGAAUGGCAUAUGAGAAUGGAAGAACUUCGGCUUCAGGAGCUCAGACUGAACCGUGAAUUAGCCAAGAAAAAGGAAGAGAUUAAAUAUUUGAACAAUAUUCUUUCCGAAUAUGAGCACACAAUCAAUAACCUGGAAGAAGAACUUGUACAGCAGAGCAAGUUCCACGAGGAGCGGCAGAUGGCCUGGGAUCAAAGAGAAGUAGAAUUAGAACGUCAGCUUGACAUAUAUGACCGUCAGCAGAAGGACAUAUUAAGUACAGCUCAGAAGUUUGAUGAAGCCACGGGAUCGGUUCCUGACCCCAAUUUGCCCAUUCCACAUCAGCUUGAGCAAGCUCUAAGGAAAAUCAGAGAACAUAUCCGAACAAUCCUGGAAAUGCAGGCCACCUGCAAAUCUUUAGAAGAGAAACUGAAAGAAAAAGAAGCUGCUUUGUGGAAAGCAGAGCAAAAUAUCUUGUCAAGGGACAAGGUCAUAAAUGAACUAAGGCUUCGAUUACCAGCAUCAUUCGAGAGAGAGAAAAUAAUAGCAGAGCUUGACCAAAGAGAAGAUGAUACGGUUGCUGCCUCUCCUCAUGCUCUGAAAGUGGCACACCAGACAAUUGCAAACAUGCAAGCGAGAUUAAAUCAAAAAGAGGAAGUGCUGAAAAAGUACCAACACCUUUUGGGCAAAGCGAGAGAGGAGCAAGAAGAAAUUGCAAAGAAACAUGAAGAAGAUCUCAGAGUGCUACAUCAAAAGUUAGAUUUACAUGCUGACAAUUCUUUUAAUAAGUUCAAGCAAACUGCAUUAGAGUUGAUGAAAAAGCCUUCAUUAGCUGUCCCAGCAAAUAAACAUUUAAUUCGUCUGGCGGAGAUGGAACAAACUGUAGCAGAACAAGACAGCUCCCUUGCUUCCCUUCUGAGCAAAUUAAAGAAAACGUCCUCUGACUUGCAGAAGCAAAAGCAAAUUAUGUUGGUGAAAAUCAAGGAGUUUGAUAACAUCAGGGCCCAACUUGAGAAGAAGCAUGCAGCUGAAGUGAAAAAAUUGAAAGAUGAAGUGGAUGAAUUAAGGAGUUUGUUGUCACAGAUGGAGAAAGAAUUACUGAAUGUAAAAAUGGAGCUGGAAGCGCAAAGAGAAGCAAAUAAUAGAGCUCCAACAACUACAAUGAAAAAUCUAGUGGAACGGUUGAAGAAUCAGCUAGCCUUAAAAGAGAAACAGCAGAAAGCUUUGAGUAAAGCACUCCUGGAGCUCCGAGCAGAAAUGACAGCUGCUGCAGAGCAACAGAUUAUUUCUAUUGCAUCACAAAAGGAGGCGCACAUGAAUGUUCAGCAGAUUGUUGAUAAGCACACAAAGGAACUGAGGAGUCAGAUAGAAGAUUUAAAUGACCAGCUUUCCAAACUUAAAGAUGCUCUUAAAUUAAGCAAAAAUAAAGAGAAUUCAUUGUUAGAUGAUAUGGAUGAUUUAAAUCAGGAACUUCAGAAAAAAGUGAAAGCCCACACUAAAGUUUUAAGGGAGAAAGAUGAGAUGGAAAAAGAAAACGAAGAACUUAAAAAACGAAUUAAAAGGUUAACCACUUCAAUUCAGGGCAAAGCUGAUGAGCAAAGUCUGAUCGAUGAACUUCACAGAAAAAUUAAAAAGCUGGAAACUGAGUUGGGAAAGAAGAGUGAUGAGACAGAAAAGAAAACUCCAAGAGAAGACAAGAGCUCGAAGGAGGAAUUAAUUAGAUGGGAGGAAAGUAAAAAAUGGCAGAAUAGAACCGAAGGGAUGAGGAACAAAUUAAAAGAAAAGGAAAAGGAAGUAGAGUCUUUAACCAAACAGUUAAAUACACUAAAGGAACUUUUUUCCAAGGCUGAUAAAGAAAAAAUUACUUUGCAAAAGAAACUUAAGAGCUACGGUGUUACUGUUGAUCACGUUGUGGGAGUCCGAGCCUCUGAAUCGGAGCGAGAGCUGGAAGAGCUUAGAAAACGGAAUAUGGGUUUGGAAAAUGAGAUUGUUCACCUAAAGACACAGUAUGCUGUCCCUCGCGAUUCUGUUGUAGAAGACUUGCACUUAAAAAACAGAUACCUGCAAGAAAAGCUUAUUGUGCUGGAGAAACAGCUUUCCAGAGACACGCUUUCAAGACCUUCAACAUCGGGAUUAGGAUCAGAUGAUCAGUAUCAAAAAGAACACGAGCUUCAAAAGGAGAACCUAGCAUUGUCAUCUGAAAAUAUGGAAUUACGAUUCCAGCUAGAACAAGCCAAUAAAGACUUGCCAAGAUUAAAGAAUCAAGUAGAGGACUUAAAAGAAAUGUGUGAGCUUCUGAAGCGAGAGAAGGCAGAAGCUGAGCGGAAGUUAGGCAAUGUCAGAGGGUCUGGAAGAAGUGGGAAAACUAUUCCAGAAUUAGAGAAAACAAUUGGUUUGAUGAAAAAGGUUGUAGAAAGAGUUCAGAGAGAAAAUGAAGAGCUAAAAAAAGCACCUGGAGUAGUUUCUAAUGAAAAAAUGGUCAGCCUUGAACAAGAAAAUGAGCUCUUAAAGUCCGAAAUGGAAAAACUGAAACUGCAGCUUGGAGGUGAAUUGAGUACACGUUAUGAAAUGAAGACUAAAGGCAUAGAAAAAAUAAUUGCUGAAAAUGAGAGAAUACGGAAGGAAAUGAAAAAGGAAACAGAGAAUGCAGAGAAGCUGCGAAUUGCAAAGCAUAAUCUUGAGAUAAUAAAUGAGAAAUUGACUGCUGAACUGGAAGAGACAAUAAAGAAGUUAUGCUUAGCAGAAAGCAAAAAUCCACAACUUGAGGGAGCUUACAGCAAGGGUUGGAAAUCCAUUGUCAUAACAAGGAUGUAUGAAAAUAAGAUGAAAGAAAUGGAAGCUGACAUUGCCCAAAAAAAUCAAGCCAUCAGUGACCUUAAACAACUACUACAGAAAGCCACAGAGUGUGAAGAAAAAAAUAUUGAAGACUCAAAAAUGCCAAUUGAGUUUCUUAAACACGUUCCUGAGGGUGCCAAAACAGAGCAAGGAAUUGUCAGAGAACUUCAACUUCUCAGGUUAACCAAUGAUCGUCUGGAAAAGGAAAAAGCAGAACUAGUUCACCAGGUGGAGGCUUUUCGAAACCAAAGUGAAGUUAAGAAAGGAGAUGGCUUUGCAACUGGGAAGGCUGGAAACUACAAACUACUGGCAGAAGUAACAGACCUCAAGACACAAUUGAAAACCUCGGAUUUAGAACAGCAACGGCUUCAUGAUGAAGUCAGAAAGCUGAAAAAUGAACUGGAUCACUUUGAUCCAUCCUUUUUUGAAGAAAUUGAAGAUCUAAAAUACAACUACAAUGAAGAAGUUAAAAAAAAUAUUAUCUUGGAAGAAAAAUUGAAAACACUUUCUGAACAAUUCGGUGUUCAAGUAGAUAUUCCAGCCAGAGUAUCUAUUGAUUAAGGUAUAUCAUUUCUUGAAUAAGCCUACAAAGUGCUGUUGAUUUGGAGAUAACAAAGUCUUGGCAUGAAAAAGGAACAAAAAUAUGUUCAUAUCAUGGGUAACACAAACUUUUUUCUAUUUCCUCCAAAAGUGACAAGUGUGCAGCUUAUUCCUGAGAUGUAACUAAUAUACAACUCUUUUCUGUUCUUGACAAAGCAAAUGUCUCCCUGGUUACUUGAGCCGCUACUAAUUUUCAUUUCUACAAGAAUGGAAGUAAAAGUAAGGAAUAAAGGGACAGCACUCCUGUAAAGUUCGUUCUCUCUCUCUCUCUCUCUCUCAUAUAUUAUGGUAAUUUAUUAAAUGUCAAUAUUAUAUUUUUGUAGCUCCUCCAUUGGUGUGUUUGCACAGAAGGAAUACAUUUAAUGCAGUUUAGCAAUUAUUUAUUUUUCUAUAUUUAAUAUCUGUAAAUUGUGAACAAACAGCAAUUUUACAUUUACCCCGCCUUAAAUAUUUUAAAGCACAAAUGGUAGCGAAUUAAU